AUGCUGCUGAUGCUCCUGAUGCUGCUGAUGCUGCUGAUGUUCCUGAUGUUCCUGAUGCUGCUGAUGCUGCUGAUGUUCCUGAUGUUCCUGAUGUUCCUGAUGCUGCUGAUGCUGCUGCUGCUGCUGCUGAUGCUCCUGAUGCUCCUGAUGCUCCUGAUGCUCCUGAUGCUGCUGAUGCUCCUGAUGUUCCUGAUGCUGCUGAUGCUGCUGAUGUUCCUGAUGUUCCUGAUGCUGCUGAUGCUGCUGCUGCUGCUGCUGCUGAUGCUCCUGAUGCUGCUGAUGCUCCUGAUGCUCCUGAUGCUGCUGAUGCUCCUGAUGCUGCUGAUGCUCCUGAUGCUGCUGAUGCUGCUGAUGUUCCUGAUGUUCCUGAUGCUGCUGAUGCUGCUGAUGUUCCUGAUGUUCCUGAUGCUGCUGAUGCUGCUGCUGCUGCUGAUGCUCCUGAUGCUGCUGAUGCUCCUGAUGCUCCUGAUGCUGCUGAUGCUCCUGAUGUUCCUGAUGCUGCUGAUGCUGCUGAUGCUCCUGAUGCUGCUGAUGUUCUUGAUGUUCCUGAUGCUGCUGAUGCUCCUGAUGCUGCUGAUGCUCCUGAUGUUCCUGAUGCUUCUGAUGCUGCUGAUGCUGCUGAUGCUCCUGAUGCUGCUGAUGUUCCUGAUGCUCCUGAUGCUGCUGAUGCUGCUGAUGCUCCUGAUGCUGCUGAUGCUGCUGAUGCUCCUGAUGUUCCUGAUGCUGCUGAUCCUCCUGAUGCUGCUGAUUGCUACUGUGUACUUUGACGACAUCCCGUAUGAAGAUGCCGUCCAGAUCCUGGAGCAGGCGCAGAGCUACAAAGUUAAACUGUGCUUGAAACGCAAACCAGAGACUGAGACGGAGGGGGCUGCCACCGCAGAGGCCAUCCUUGAAGACGAACUGCACCAACCGGAGAUGAGAGAAUCUGGGAAGAAGCGGCGAGGCGACGCCCGCAUCUCGUGGCCCAAGUUUCCGUCGUUGGGCAGAGGCAAGAAGUCUCGCUUUACCAGAUCACACAGCUCAUCAGAGGCAGACGAGCAACGAAAACUGGAGCUGAGUCCGACCACGAGCGACACCGAAUCUCCCAUCAAGACUCAGGACGCUCUCAAGGGCAAGAAGAAACAUAAGAUCAAACUGCUGGGGAUGAAGAGAGGCCGCAUCAGUUCAUCAGAGGACACUGACGCACAAAACCUUCACACAGACGACAUGAUUUCACCUGUGCAAAGCCCAAAAAGAGAAACGCAAGACUCAUCAGACAAGCAGAACAAAGGCCAUCAGGAGAAAGUCGAUGUAAGCGAAACUGGAGUUUAUAAGACAGAGCUGGUUUGUGUGGACAGUACGGUGAAAACUGCAGAUAUCACAGCAGCACUGGAGCAGGAAUGUCCUUUGAAGGCCGCCGUGUCGCCCGAUGGGAAGAAAAAGAAGAAAGAGCGCUCCGAGUUAAAGCUGAAAUUUCUGGGAAAAGACAAAAAGCAGAAAGCUAAGUCGUCGCCGAAAAGGUUGAAGACUCUCGGAGCGAGUUUGGAGAAAGGCGACGAUAAAGAAAAUGAGAAAUCGGAGGCCGUUUCCAAACCAGAGAAUGUAAUGGAUUCAGAGGUUCCCAAAAUGACGUCCAGUAAAUCGAGUCAGAUGGAACUGCGUCUGCCCAAAGUUGAGAUUGAUAUUUCAGAUGUUGGGAUUAUAUGCAAGUCCAAUGACAAGAAAGGAAAAGGCUCCGAGGAGAAGCAAGGGAAGGCCGGGUUUAAACUGCCAAAAGUGGCUCUUAGUGACGUCACGACUGAAGAAAUCAUCAAAAUAGACACAAAUAUAAGUAAGGCAAAGGACAAAAAUUAUGCGUAUGACCGGCUAGACAAAGGCACGGAGCUUCCAAAACGUGAAGAUAUAGAAAUCCCUGGAAUGGAGGAUGUUUCAAAGACGAGAGAUUUCAAGGAACCAAAAGCCCCAUUGGCGAGUGUCCCUGAGGUAGAGCAGCAAGCAGAGACGGUGCUGAUGUCCAUCGAUGUGGACAGUGUAAAGGAGGCGGUCUCCAAGCUGCCUGGGUAUAAACUCCCGAAGGUGGACAUGUCUGGAGCCCCCAUCCCUGAAGAGAUCACAGUGAUAGAUGCCAAUGCUCAAAGAAUAUCAGUAAAAACGCCAACGAAAGGCAAACCGGAGACAAUGUCUGUCUUCACAGAAAGUGCUAAAACCACUUACAAACUCCCACAGGUCAAGGCCGAAGUCAGAAGUGAAAUAUCCGAGACUAAAGUGGGGAUUAAGAAACUUGAACUGGACUCCAAAGACCUGAUCUCCACCAAAGCCAUAAUUUCGCAAACAAUUGAGGUUGAAAAGGUGCAAAAGGAAAACUUCAACAUUUCAAGCGUUACUGCAGAAACUUCCAAAGACAUGAAGAUAAAGACACCCAAGAUUGAUCUGCCAGACAUAAAAACAACUGAAAAACAAGACGGGAGCUUCAAAAUGCCAAGUGUUGGGAUCUCUCUGCCCAAAGUAAAAUCAGAGGUCAGUGGAUCUUCUAUGAAGCUGGAAGUGGACGAGUCAAAAUUAGAACCAACCAACACAGAAAAGUUUGGGAUCAAGCUGAAAAGUCCUGCAGUGAGUUUGACGAAGAAGAACGACGAAAUAAUGCUACCAGAAGCAAAGAUGGAAGUGGAUGUUCCAAAAGUUGACGUCCAAAUCAAAAGUGAUGACGCAAAAUUCAAACUCCCAAAGCUUGGACUUAAAAUGCCUAAAAUUAACGCUCCAGAAUUGGACCUAAGCUUAUCAAAGGACUCCAAAGCAAAGGUGCCCACAGCUGAUGAUAAAGGCGUCGAGGUUUCAGUCCCGGAACUGAAGAUAGAAGUGAAAUCUCCAUCUACGGAUGCUAAUGUCGAAGGAGGAAAGUUUAAAAAGCCAGCUCUCGGUGUGAAACUGCCCAAAGCAAAAACACAUGAAGUGGGUUUUGAAAUCGCUGAACCGAAGAUCAGCAUUUCAAGCCCUGAGAAGAAGCUAGAAGGAGAAGCAGAUGGACGAGGAGGCAAGUUUAAACUACCAAAGCUGGGAAUCGCAAUGCCCAAAAUGAAAGGGCCAGAACUGGAGGAUUCACCGACCAGAUUCAAAAUGCCCAGUUUGGGGAUCUCUGUGCCCAAGAUGAAAGCACCGGAGGUGGAUUUCAAUGUUACAAAGAAGGAUGUGGAUGUGACAGUUCCAGACGCUAAGGCGGAAGUCUCAGGAAGGGCUGACGGGAAAGAGGGCAACGUUAGUACAAGAGGCUCUCCUUUGAAAUUCAAGAUGCCAACAUUCAAAUUACCAAAGUUUGGAGGUUCAUUUGAGGAAAAAGAAUGUGAGAUGAAAAUGGAGGGGUCUGAUCCAAGCGCUUCAGUGCCUCAUGUGGAUUUGCCAGCUGUCAGCACAGAAGUGAUUCUACCAGAGACUGAAACUGCUUCAGGUGAAGUGGUGAUAGAACAACCAACAGGACUGGACAUCGACGUCAAGUUCAAAAAGCCCAGGUUCUCACUGCCGCGGUUUUCUUUCUCCAAACAAAGUGUUCCAGAAGCUGAAAUCAGUGUUUCACAAGUAAACGUUCCACAAGAAGAAGGAAGAGUGGAAAUAACAGGAGACAUGAACGUGAAAUCUCCAGAAGUCGAAGUUCAGACAGACGCAUCAGGAGGUAAAUUCAAACUUCCAAAGUUUGGAUUCUCAAUGCCAAAGAUCUCAGCUCCUGAAAUAGACCUGAGUUUAUCAAAGACAGAUGCAGAGGUGACUCUACCAGAAGUAAAGCUAGAGGAUACAGUUCCAGGUGUGGAAGUGAAAGGACCUUUAAUAGAAUCAGAAAUAAAAGCUCCUGAAAUCAAAGUUGAGACAAAGUCUAAAGAAGGAUCUCCAUCAAAACUGAAGAUGCCCACAUUCAAACUGCCUAAGUUUGGAGUCUCCAUACCUGAGGCUGAGGUGAAGGUAGAUGAAGCUGAUGUUGGACAGGUUGAUGUGGAGCUGCCUCAAGUCAAAACAAAGAUCAGUCCACCUGAGGUUGAGGUCAAAGCUCCUUCAGUUGAGGUGGAAGUAGAACAUCCAUCUGAUUUGGAGAUAGAGGCAAAGUUUAAGAAGCCCAGAUUCUCAAUGCCUCGGUUUUCCUUCUCCAAACAGAGCGUUCCAGCUCUAGAGGCUGAUAUCAGCAUUCCACAAGUGGAUGUUCCAGAGACAGAAGCAAAAGUGGAGGUGAAAGGAGAACUGGAAAUCAAGAGUCCAGAAGUAGAUGUCCAAACAGAGACAUCAGGAGGUAAAUUCAAACUGCCAAAGUUUGGACUUUCAAUGCCAAAGAUCUCAGCUCCUGAAAUAGACCUAAGCUUAUCAAAGACAGAGGCAGAGGUGACCCUUCCUGAGGCUAAGAUCCAAGGACAACUCCCAGGUGUGGAAGUGAAAGGGCCUUCAAUAGAAGCAGAAAUAAAAGCUCCUGAGAUUCAAGUGGAGACAAAGACAAAAGAAGGAUCACCGUCAAAGCUGAAGAUGCCCACAUUCAAACUGCCUAAGUUCGGAGUCUCCAUACCUGAGGCUGAGGUGAAGGUGGAUGGACCAGAUUGUUCAGCAGGUCCUCAUGUUGAUCUGCCUGAUGUUAAAGCAAAAGUUCCCAUCCCAUCAGCUGAGGUGAAGGUUCCUUCAGGUGAAGUGGUGAUAGAACAACCACCAGGUUUGGAGAUAGAUGCUAAGUUUAAGAAGCCACGGUUUUCUCUGCCCAGGUUUUCCUUCUCAAAACAAAGUGUGCAGAUGCCAGAGACAGAUGUUGGGUCUGAAAUAAAUGUUCCAGAGACCGAAAUGAAAGUGGAAAUAACAGGAGACAUAAACGUGAAAUCUCCAGAAGUCAAAGUUCAGACAGACUCAUCAGAAGGUAAAUUCAAACUUCCAAAGUUUGGAUUCUCAAUGCCAAAGAUCUCAGCUCCUGAAAUAGACCUGAGUUUAUCAAAGACAGAUGGAGAGGUGACUCUACCAGAAGGAAAGCUAGAGGCUAAGGUCCCAGGUGUAGAAGUGAAAGGACCUUUUUUAGAAGCAGAAAUAAAAGCUCCUGAAAUCAAAGUCGAGACAAAGUCUAAAGAAGGAUCUCCAUCAAAACUGAAGAUGCCCACAUUCAAACUGCCUAAGUUCGGAGUCUCCAUACCUGAGGCUGAGGUGAAGGUAGAUGGAGCUGAUGUUGGACAGGUUGAUGUGGAGCUGCCUCAAGUCAAAACAAAGAUCAGUCCACCUGAGAUUGAGGUCAAAGCUCCUUCAGUUGAGGUGGAAGUAGAACAUCCAUCUGAUUUGGAGAUAGAGGCAAAGUUUAAGAAGCCCAGAUUCUCAAUGCCUCGGUUUUCCUUCUCCAAACAGAGCGUUCCAGCUCUAGAGGCUGAUAUCAGCAUUCCACAAGUGGAUGUUCCAGAGACAGAAGCAAAAGUGGAGGUGAAAGGAGAACUGGAAAUCAAGAGUCCAGAAGUAGAUGUCCAAACAGAGACAUCAGGAGGUAAAUUCAAACUGCCAAAGUUUGGACUUUCAAUGCCAAAGAUCUCAGCUCCUGAAAUAGACCUAAGCUUAUCAAAGACAGAGGCAGAGGUGACCCUUCCUGAGGCUAAGAUCCAAGGACAACUCCCAGGUGUGGAAGUGAAAGGGCCUUCAAUAGAAGCAGAAAUAAAAGCUCCUGAGAUUCAAGUGGAGACAAAGACAAAAGAAGGAUCACCGUCAAAGCUGAAGAUGCCCACAUUCAAACUGUCUAAGUUCGGAGUCUCCAUACCUGAGGCUGAGGUGAAGGUGGAUGGACCAGAUUGUUCAGCAGGUCCUCAUGUUAAUCUGCCUGAUGUUAAAGCAGAAGUUCACAUCCCAUCAGCUGAGGUGAAGGUUCCUUCAGGUGAAGUGGUGAUAGAACAACCACCAGGUUUGGAGAUGGAUGCUAAGUUUAAGAAGCCACGGUUUUCUCUUCCCAGGUUUUCCUUCUCAAAACAAAGUGUGCACAUGCCAGAGACAGAUGUUGGGCCUGAAAUAAAUGUUCCAGAGACAGAAAUGAAAGUGGAAAUAACAGGAGACAUGAACGUGAAAUCUCCAGAAGUCGAAGUUCAGACAGACUCAUCAGGAGGUAAAUUCAAAUUUCCAAAGUUUGGAUUCUCAAUGCCAAAGAUCUCAGCUCCUGAAAUAGACCUGAGUUUAUCAAAGGCAGAUGCAGAGGUGACUCUACCAGAAGUAAAGCUAGAGGGUACGGUUCCAGGUGUGGAAGGGAUAGGACCUUUAAUAGAAGCAGAAAUAAAAGCUCCUGAAAUCAAAGUCGAGACAAAGUCUAAAGAAGGAUCUCCAUCAAAACUGAAGAUGCCCACAUUCAAACUGCCUAAGUUCGGAGUCUCCAUACCUGAGGCUGAGGUGAAGGUAGAUGGAGCUGAUGUUGGACAGGUUGAUGUGGAGCUGCCUCAAGUCAAAACAAAGAUCAGUCCACCUGAGGUUGAGGUCAAAGCUCCUUCAGUUGAGGUGGAAGUAGAACAUCCAUCUGAUUUGGAGAUAGAGGCAAAGUUUAAGAAGCCCAGAUUCUCAAUGCCUCGGUUUUCCUUCUCCAAACAGAGCGUUCCAGCUCUAGAGGCUGAUAUCAGCAUUCCACAAGUGGAUGUUCCAGAGACAGAAGCAAAAGUGGAGGUGAAAGGAGAGCUGGAAAUCAAGAGUCCAGAAGUAGAUGUCCAAACAGAGACAUCAGGAGGUAAAUUCAAACUGCCAAAGUUUGGACUUUCAAUGCCAAAGAUCUCAGCUCCUGAAAUAGACCUAAGCUUAUCAAAGACAGAGGCAGAGGUGACCCUUCCUGAGGCUAAGAUCCAAGGACAACUCCCAGGUGUGGAAGUGAAAGGGCCUUCAAUAGAAGCAGAAACAAAAGCUCCUGAGAUUAAAGCGGAGACAAAGACAAAAGAAGGAUCACCGUCAAAGCUGAAGAUGCCCACAUUCAAAUUUCCUAAGUUUGGCGUUGCCAUACCUGAGGCUGAGGUGGAUGGGCCAGAUAUGUCAGUUGUGCCACAAGUAGAUGUUGAUGUACCUGAUGUUAAUAUGACCAUCCAUCUGCCAGAGACUGAAGCAGUUUCAGGUGAAGUGGUGAUUGAACAGCCCACAGGACUGGACAUGGAUGUCAAAUUCAAGAAGCCCAGGUUCUCACUGCCGCAGUUUUCCUUCUCCAAACAAAGUGUCCCAGCACCAGAAACAGACAUCAGUGUUCCAGAAGCAAAUGCAUCAGUGGAGGGAAAGGCUGAAGCAGAAAUAGAUAUGACAGCACCCAAAGUUGAAGCUCAAGUUGAUGGACAAGGAAGUACCUUUAAAUUUCCCAAGUUUGGAAUCUCAAUGCCAAAGAUGUCCCCAACUGAUGUAGAUCUCAGUUUGUCUGAAAAAGAUACCAAGGUCAGUCUACCGGAAUCACAUGUAGAGAUAAGUAGCCCAGAGGUCAAAGUUGAAUCCAAGCUUACAGACGGUUCCCCUUCCAAGAUGAAGAUGCCCAGUUUCAGAAUACCAAAGUUUGGAGCAGACAUCAAAGCCGAUAUUCCAGAGGAGAUUCUGACAGUGAAAUCUGAGAGUUCAUCAGUGGAAAUAAAAAUGUCUGAGCCUGAGGUAAAGAGGAGCAAAUUUAAGAUGCCCAGUCUAGGGUUCUCAAGCUCUGGUCCAGAUGUGUCAGUGGAGCAGAAGGACAUGCAGCUUCCAGAUGUUGAGCUGAAAGACAUGGACAUCAAAGUGUCUGCAAUGGAAGACAGUAAUGCCAAAGGGUCACCGUCCAAGUUCAAGAUGCCAACCUUCAAACUGCCCACAUUUGGAGCGACAGUGCAAGUGGAUGGAGAAGUUCCAGAAGUGGACAGUGGAACAAAAGUCGAACUUUCAAAGACAGAUGUAGAUGGUGAGAAAUCAGAGGAGACGAAAGGCAGCUGGUCUUUGCCAAAAUUAUCCUUCUCAAAACCAAGUGUGACAUUGACUGAAAUGGAAACGUCAGUCCCUGUGCCCAAAAGAGAGGUUCAGUCUCCGGAUGGUAAAACACAAGUGGAAGGUCAAGCAACUUCUGAGAUUGAUAUAAAACUGAAGAAACCACGGUUUUCUUUGCCCAAGAUUUCAUUUGCAAAACAGCCCAGUCUUGAAUCAGAAGCAGAAGUGGGAGUAACUGUGGAUAAACAAUCAGACAUGGAUCAAAAGACAGAGGUUGAAGUUGAAGCUCAAGGCGGAAAGUUCAAGAUGCCCAAGUUUGGUAUUUCAAAGCCCAAAGUCAAAGGGCCUGAAAUUGAUGUUAAGAAAGAAGCAGACAUUUCUGAUACCUCAAUGAAGGUUGAAGACUCACCAACCAAAUUGAAGAUGCCAUCUUUAAAAUUACCUAAAAUUGGAGUGAGCACAGAACCUUCUGAUGAAGACAAGAGCCCGAGACCUGAACUGGACACUGCAGCUAAAACGCAAGAGAAAAAGGAACAGGGUGGAUCCAAGUUCAGUUUUGGGAUUUCUCUGCCCAAAGUGAAAGAAGCUGAGAUCGAUGUGAGUUUGUCAACAGCAGACUCUGACAGAAAGAUUGCUAGCACAGUGCCAGAAGAACAGCAAAACAAAGCUUCUUGGUCAUUUCCACAGUUUUCAUUUUCAAAACCAACUGUGAGUCUUGAAUCAGAAGUGGACAUUUCAUCUGAUCCACAUAAAGACACUGCUGUAGAAGACUCGCUCGCAGCUGAGCCUGAGAUGAAGGCAAAGUUCUCUCUCCCCAGAUUUUCAUUCUCCAAGACGCCCGCUAAAGAGACACCUGAAACCGCUGUGGCUUUGGAGGUUUCUCUGACAGAGGGUGAGGUCAAAGUCAAAGAACCCAAAGAACCAAUCCCAGAAGAGGUUGAUUCUAAAUCUAAAGAGACUGUAGGGUCGCCCUCUAGGUUCAAAAUGCCUCUGUUUAAAAUGCCCAAAAUAGGACUUACAGUCAGUGAAGAAUCAAGCAUCACAAGCAAAGAGGCAGAGACAUUGAAAAUUAUAAAGGAAGGCGGAUCAGUCGUCAUUACUGCAGAAAUUCCAUCUGUGGAAGUGAAGACAGACACAGAAAGUCUGGAAAUCAAGAAGAAUCAGUCCCAAGAGUCAUCACCGCUUGGCGAAAGUCCACAGAGCGACGCGCAAAGCUCACCGAGUAAAUUUAGGCUUCCGUCUUUUAAAAUGCCCAGGCUAAGUUUCUCUAAAGCUUCACCCGACGACAACACUUUUUCAAAAAUUGACGAAAUGGAAACUCAUUCAAAGGAUGAAACUAAAUCGCCAAAGAAGGCCUUGUUGUCCAUCGGGGAAAUUCUCAAGAAUAUCAAUGUUGAGUUUGACGUUUCAAGUCCGGUUGAAGAACACAGUGAGUCACCCGACAAAAAACUGGAACCAGAGACUGUGAAAAAGGAAGCAAAGCCAGAAACAAUGAGUCCAGAGAAAACAAGCUGGUUUAAAUUCCCGUCAUUCGGAUUAUCGUCGCCCACAAAAGAAGAGAAAAAGAGUCCGAUUGAUGAAGAGCUAAGUCUGACGUGUUCAAUCCAGUCGUCUGAAGCCUUCGCAGACAUCAGCUCAACAAUGACCAGUGAAAAUGUUGGCUUUUCUCUGUCGUCUCCGACCAAAGUAACUGUCAAAUAUUCAGAUCCGAACACGGCUGAAGCAAACCUGGUAACAUCCACGACUAAAACUGAGAUGGUUUCAUUUGAGCCCCACUUAGCUGAGAAGGUCACUAUUCUGUCGUCAUCCUCAGAAGACACGCUGAAGCUGGAGUCUGGCAAAAUCCACAUCGUCUUGUCGAACAUCCAGUCGACUCCGGAGUCCCAGCAGGCCCAGGUGUUCCAGAGCAGUCAGACCACGUUCACGGAGAGGCACCUGCAGUCUUCCAGCCAGCAGGUGGUGAUCACGAAGCAGAUCACACGAGUGGUGACCGCCUCCGAGCCCAUCUCCGACCAGACGGCCACCUCCAUCCAGCUCCUCAAAGACUCAGUGCACAGCGACAAAAUGAAGUUCUUUGACGAAGCUGAAAAGUAA